AUGUCACGUAACGUAAAACGUGAAAUUUAUACAACAGCACAACCAGAUGGAACUUUAGUUACUACAACUACUAUUACAAAAAGUCUUCAUGAGCAGGAUAUUGAAUACAGCUUUGGAAGAGGUGAAAUAAACAAGAAAUAUUGUUGUAGACCAGAAGGAGUACUAAGAAUAAUUGAAAUUAUUAUUGCUUUGAUUAUUAUUAGUCUUAUUACCAGUGUUUUUGGACCUGGACCAUUCAAGGGAAUUCUUUUUGGACAAACUAUUCUUUUAAUAUUUGUUGGUGUUACUUUUUGUAUCAGUUUUAUUUACCUUGUUGUAUAUUUUUUCAAUCUUCAUGAAAGUCAUCUUGACUUUUGGCCAUGGAUAGUUACGGAUUUUGUUUUUUCAAUUGUUGCUGUAGCAUUUUACUUCAUUCUUGGGAUUAUUGAAGCAUACUAUGCAACUGGAGCUUGGGCAAAUAAUUGUAAUGAUAUUGGUGGUGAUGGUAUAAUGCAUAACGGUUGUAGGACAAUAUACGAAUGGGCUUUUGCUUCAUUUUUCUGUUUUGUGAAUGCUGCUUUGUAUGCUGGAAGUUGUAUAUUAGCUAGAAACAAUCGUACUUUUGAAGAAUGA